AUAAUUCAACAGCAACAGACCACGUGAUGCGUGAUAAGAUGUUUGUUAAUUAAAGCAGAAACAAAAAUAAAAGAUAAUAAUACUGUAUGAACCAGAGAAGAUCUAUAAAUAAUAUUGUUCACAGGUGGGGAACAAGACGAAGAUGCAACUAAACUUAUAUAAACAUCAUACGAAGGUCGAUGCACCAAUCAAAUACUGAUACGUGUCAACACAAGUGGCAGUUCACCAAUCCGCGCUCCAUUAAAAAUCGACGAAUCGAUGAGAGAGCGACUUUCUUCAUCUCGCGAUCCGACGAUCACCAUCGAUUCCGCCGUUGAGAAGGAAGGAGAGACACGGAGAGAAGUAGAAGAGCUGAGGAGAAAGCUUGCGAUUGAGAAGAAACGGAUGAAUCGUGUUAAGCUUUGCAAUUCGAUGGAGCUUCUUCUUCUCGUCGUUCUGGUUCUGUUGCUUUCCACGUUCGUCCUAGUCUUCUUUCUCCCAUCUCCUUGAUUGUAUCAUAUCAGCGUCUGUUGUGCUAGUUCCACUUCGAUCACAUUAUCAUCUUAUGUAGAAGGGAUCGUCAAUUCGUCAUCACCUUGAUUACAUAUUCUUUGCUUUAUUCUCAUGUCAACUGCUGAAUAUUCAACAAACGUUUGUGUUUUGGAAUCUUAACGAUUCAUUGAGAGAAGAUGGCUGUUGAUGUAGUCUCCUCCGUGGCUUCUCUUCCUUUUGAAGCAACUCAGAGAAUCCCAAAGCAGGCUUACAACUUUUUUAUUUGAAGGCCUGGACGUAGGCCCAUUAAGGCCUAAUGAAGCGAACAAACAUUAGGGUUUUCGAAGCAGGAAGCUGCUGGCCGUCUCUGUAUAUAUAUAAAUCAAAUGGUAUUCCAUCAUCUUGUACAAUCAGUCGCAAGCGUUUAUGCUCCAAUCAAUAUCUGUAGUUCUUUGAAUUAUUAAUUAGAUAUAGUUUUUUUUUUUUUCUGUUUGAUGGAAGGAAGAUUGCCUCUUCUUUCAGCAGCAAGUUCUGUUCUUGUUAGCUUUGUUCUGGAGGCAUAUAUCAAUUCGCCAUCACGAGAGGGAUUUUAUAAUUUUGCAGAGUUAUUCCUCUGUAUAAUAUUAUCCUUCUCUUUGGUACAUUCAUCUUCUUCUUCCAAAUAUUUAUAUCCAUCUGACUUGCUUUGAAAUGAUUCAUUUA